GCCACUUCCGUGCCGGGCUUCCGCGUGGCAGGCGCCGCCGCUGCCUGGAGCGCAGAGGCCGAUCCCCGCCGCCAUGCCUGCCCCACGGUGCGCCUCGUGCCAUGAGGCCCGCGCUGCCCUCCGACGCCCCAGCUCGGGCCAGGCGCUGUGUGGCGCCUGUUUCUGCUCCACCUUUGAGGCCGAGGUGCUGCACACGGUGCUUGCGGGCCACCUGCUGCCGCCGGGCGCCGUGGUGGCCGUGGGCGCCUCGGGAGGCAAGGACUCCACCGUGCUCGCUCAUGUGCUGCGCGCACUCGCCCCGCGCCUGGACAUCUCUCUGCACCUCGUGGCCGUGGACGAGGGCAUCGGGGGCUACCGGGACGCGGCGCUGGCGGCCGUGCAGCGCCAGGCCGCGCGCUGGGAGCUGCCGCUCACCAUCGUGGCCUACGCGGAUCUCUUUGGGGGCUGGACCAUGGACGCCGUGGCCCGCAGCACUGCGGGCACCGGCCGCAGCCGCUCCUGCUGCACCUUCUGCGGGGUGCUGCGGCGCAGGGCGCUCGAGGAAGGAGCUCGCCUCGUGGGAGCCACGCACAUCGUGACAGGCCACAACGCGGACGACAUGGCGGAGACCGUGCUGAUGAACUUCCUGCGGGGUGAUGUGGGGCGGCUGGCCCGGGGCGGGGGGCUGGGCUCCCCGGGCGAGGGGGGUGCCCUGCCACGCUGCCGCCCCCUGCAAUUUGCCUCGCAGAAAGAGGUGGUGCUGUACGCGCACUUCCGUCGCCUGGACUACUUCUCCGAGGAGUGUGUGUACGCGCCCGAGGCCUUCCGGGGCCACGCCCGCGACCUGCUCAAGCUGCUGGAGACGGCGCGGCCGUCGGUGGUGCUGGACCUCGUGCACUCGGCCGAGCGCCUCUCACUGGCCCCGGCCGCGCGGCCCCCACCCCCCGGCACCUGCUCCCGCUGCGGGGCCCUGGCCAGCCACGCGCUCUGCCAGGCCUGCGCCCUCCUGGACGGCCUGAACCGAGGCCGGCCCCGCCUGGCCAUCGGCAAGGGUCGCCGGGGACUGGACGAGGAGGGGGCACCGCCGGCGAGGCCGCAGGGUGGCGAUGGGGGUCAGGAGGGCGUCCCCGCCUCUGCACCCAUCCCCACCUUCUAGUGACGCUGCCCGGAACUGGGGCUGGGAAAGGGGGUCCCACAUCACUGAUGCUGUGAAUAAACCAGUGUAACCCUU